AUGUCUACAGAGCACGAAACUGGCGGUGCUCCUACCAAGUUUGGGGUUGUCCUGUUCGAAGGCUUCCAAUCCCUCGAUGUGUUCGGGCCUUUGGACAUCUUCAACUUUCUCUCCAAAACGAGGCCGCUGCAGCUGUCGAUCCUGGCCAAAGAACUCAAGCCAGUAUCAACCUCCUUCCCUUCCGCAGGCUUCGGCCAGUCCGUGGUGCCCACACAUACUUUCCAAGAUGCGCCCCACCACAUCGAGGUCCUUCUCGUACCCGGGGGAGGUGGAACAAGAGACGAUGAGAACAUCGCACCGGCUAUGGAAUACGUGAAACGCGUCUUCCCAAAUCUUCGGUAUCUCCUCACCGUCUGCACGGGAAGCGCGCUGGUUGCGAAAACCGGAGUGCUUGACGGCAGACGGGCCACGUCUAACAAGAACAGUUUCGAAUGGGUAAAGAAGCAAGCACCAAAUGUCAAUUGGGUUUCAAAAGCACGAUGGGUGACGGAUGGCAAUGUGUGGACUUCAUCCGGUGUCUCCGCAGGAAUUGACAUGACAUUUGCUUUCGUGUCGGCUAUCUAUGGGGAGUCUGAUGCAGAAUGGAUUGCUGCAAGGUCUGAGUAUCGGCGACAAACUGACCCUGACGAUGACCCGUUCGCCAAGGACCCUGAGGCAGGAAGCUCAUAG